AACAUUUGUAAGGUAUGACGUGUCGUUUUUAACCAACUUUCUAAAAGACGAACGAUUUCAAUGUAUAUUGUGUAUUAUUUAUAAUUUGUUUAUUCCGUAAAAUGUCAUAGGGUUAUCAUACAGUUUCAAGAUAAAAAUACAACAAUUCACUGAACAAAACAUGGCGAGCGUCAAGAGAACAUGGAGUUAUCUUUGCAUAUUAAUUCUCAGUGUGAAUUUUGUGAAUCCAUUAGAAGCGCCUACGGGUGUAAAAGUUACGUUCUUAGAGCCAUCUGGACUCUAUGUGGAGUGGGAUCAAGUACCUUAUGAUAGUCACGAUCCGAUCACAGGUUAUAUUGUGAAAUUAUGGGCGAUUAAAGAAGAAACCACAAGAAAUUACAAAUUAAUAAACGGCGAACAAUAUCCUGGAUUAGAAAAAAAUGAUUAUGCUGCAGAGCCAUUCACCCCUGAUCACUUUUCUCAGCAAAACGUGAGUGAGAUAACGAUCAGGAGAAAUAAUGUCAACUAUGCGAGAAUAAAUUACGUGUCUCCAAUGAAACUGUAUGAGGUACGAGUAAUGGCAUACAAAGGUGACGAAGUCGGCCCGAUGUCAGAGCCAAGGAGGCUCAAAUUCAUUUAUAAAACAAACUUCGUGCUGCUGGCUCAAAGGACCUUAGAUUCAUGUCAAGCUACCAUUAUAACAAACAAAACCUCAUCUGACGGAUCUGAGACUUUUGUUUAUAAUACUUAUUUGUAGACUAAUAAAUAUUCUCCUAUACUAUUAUAAUAUCUCCUAUAUAUUGUGUCGAUUAUUUAAUGUUUGACGUGAUUUAUAAAUAUAAU